GGACAACUCCUGCAGUGCGCUCCUUCCCACCCCCCAGGUUGUUUACCUCGCACGGCGCGCGCCUUCCCUCCAAAUAAGCCCGCCCGUCGCACCUUCCUUCACUCGCUCACCUCGACGCGACCCUCGCUCCCUCGUUCCCACCUUCUCUCUCUUUAACCUUCAACUUACCACCCACACCCAUACUCUUCUCUGUCCCUCGCUCUCCCCCAUCUCCCCGCAGCUCCGCGAUAUUCCUUCGAGGCGACACAUCGACAGUUUUACUUGAGUACACCGUUACCGAACUUGCGCGCGAACAUGACGCUCAGCGCAAUCUACCAGGCAUUCCUGGCGAGGCCCUCGUCUGAAGCCCUCGUCGACGACGCCUCUCUGCACUACAUCACCACCUUGACCAGCAUUAAUACCGCCGCAGCGAUUGUCAAACAUUAUACCGUCCAGGAGAAGCUGUUGAAAAAGAGGGGCGACAAAGUUUUGAAUUCCAUUGAGGAUGCAAGUGCUCUGAGUCUGGAGGUGGAGACCACGAUUGAGUUUGUAGCUGGUGGAGGCGCAUAUUUGCCAGGCCUCGACGACAACUUCGUCGCUGACCGCACUGUCACAUUUCCCAUGAUACACUUCGUAAAGUUCGAUAAAGACCAGAAAAUCACACAGAUCCGCCUUCAUUGGGACCAAGGAUCUCUCCUGAAGCAGAUCGAUGUCAUUGGCGCCCGCGCCCGCAAUUGGCCCAUCAGGGACGGCAAGGAACAAGCACACCUCAUUGCCACGAGCGCAGGCUCCGCUGCAACCUCCGGCGCUUCGGCUGGGUCCUGCCGCCGCUCUACUGCGUCUCGCGGCCCUGACGACGUCACCAUUACCGGCCGCCCUGCUUCCCGUAGCACAACGAGCAACGCUAUGAACGAUCCUCAUGCCUCUCUAAACCUCUUCCAACCCCGCGACAUUGAGAACGAGACAUCCAACUUCUCACAGCCGUCUGCCCAACGAGCACAAUCCGCAAAGCCCAGAUCUCGCAAUUUGUCCGAACUCAUUGCAGGCGAGGAUCCAGCGUCUCCUUCCCCAGCGGAGGGGCCAGUCCCCAACACCGAGCGCAUUCCCACGAAAGCUGGCGGCGGCAAGAACUACAAACCGAAUCGACUCUUUGAUGAAGAAGCGGAGCCAGUAGCGACGCCGCUCAGCGUGAAGACAAAUGCAAAGAAGUAUAGCCACUUCGAGUUUGGCGAAGGUGAAGACGCUCGGCCCGUGGAGACGCCGCUUAGCGUUAAGACGAAUGCGAAGAAAUAUAAUCACUUCGAAUUUGGACAUGGUGAUGAAGAUGAGCCGACCCCCCGAGGUCGAGAACCGCCGCGACCCACAAGGACAAAGCACAUGUCGCAAUGGGACUUCGAAGAUUUUGUUACACCAGAGAAGACGAAACCCAAGGUCUUGCGUGAAGCCGUUCGCCACUUUGGAUGGAGCGACGAUGAGGAGGAAGCCUCGCCGGUUCGCCGCCCCGUAGUACACAAGCCGCGUCCUGAUGCCAACCCCCACUUUGAGUUCAAAGACGAGGACACUCCCGAAGCGCGCAGAGAAGCCGCUCCUUCAAGAGGACGUUUGCACAACAAGGGCCUGGGCUUGUACAAAGACCAUGUUCUCCACUCCACCUCCGAUGAUGAAGGCGAUGAUGCCCACCAAGGUGAUGUCAAGCGUCCUCUGGGAGAUGUGACGACCGUUGUGAAGAACGAGAACCGCCAGAAGGACUUCGGCAGCCAUUGGGAAAUGACCGACCAUAGUCCGGCUCUCCCCAAGGAUUCGUCAAAUGGCAAUGGUACGGCCAAGCCGAUCCCUGCCGACCGCAAGAAGGUGCUCAGUAGCCUUGAUUCCCACUGGGGUCUCUACGAUGAGUCACCCGAACAGCACCAAAGGCAAAAGGAGAAUGCCCCCAAGGAACGCGGAAUCAAUAUCAGCGGCAACGGCAUGGGAGGGCGUAAGGGUACCACGAGCAACUGGACGCUUGGCGACGACGGUGUAGAUGAGCAGCAGCAGGCGGCACAGAAGAAGACGCAUACGCGUGCCGCGGAGUCGAAGAGUUUCUGGGACUUUUGAGGAGCGUAGGAAGUUGGGCUGGAAAGUUGGCAAUGACGAAUGAAGCAAACGGCCUUGAUGCGUCUUGUUACGGCCUGUCGAGGAAGGUGCCUUCCUCGUUUGGCACUGCCUGUCGUGUACUACGGCUUUUCUUUGUAAUGCAACAUGUCUGAACACUGUUUUCCUCUUUUUUUCUCUCUCCCAGAGGGGCGAAGCACAGCGCAGCGCGUUGUAUGCCUGGAUCCUUUCCUAGCGUCUUGCCAAGCGCGAUACCCCAUGUGUUUUGCGGUGGGAGAUGGAGCUUAGUUGGCCACAGGGUUGAGCGUUUCCCGAUGACGCUUGGUCUCGGUGUCGCUAGUGUAUAGCGUAUGAGGGAGGAGAUGAUGAAAGGGUGGGAGGGGCCUUUGCUUUGGAGGAUGUGUACUCCGUAGUUUCUUGUACAAUGAAUGAAUCUGACGACGUGUCUCUUUGC